GAGGGAGCGGCCGGAGCGGGACUUCCUUUGGGGAUCCCGCUGCAGAAAGCAGCCGAGGAGUGGAGGUGACACGUAAGUGGGGGGCUGGAAGGUGGCCAAGGCAAGGCAGGGGAAAGGGAAGUUCUUUCCCCGUCACUUUAGCAACAGCAACCAGAAGAAAGUAACUUUAGCCCCCGGGGGAGGGCAAGGAAAGUGAGCUGUAGAGAGAUCUACAAAGGGAAACCUCGCUUUGGAGAACAGAUCUUGGAGGACUCUCUCAAAGUAAUACGGGCAGAAGCAAGGGAGGAGUUUGGGAAAAGACGGUCCCCGAACUGAUCCGGGUUGGUUACACCGGGGAAAAAAAGAGAGCAGACCAGGAGAGAUCUUCGUAGACUAACCUCAGGAAUCUCCUUCGUCGAGAUCUCCGCAAAGUACUUCGCGAGCAAGGGCGGAGCGGAACUGAGGGAUGCCGCGUGUCUUCUGAGCGGCCGCUGUUGCUUCGGGUCUAAAGGUUUCAUCCCCGGUGUAUGUGGAAAGGUGGAUUUUCUCCAGCGAGAGGGCAGAGGCCCUGGGAAGCGGUGCUACUCGUGACCCUAGGUGGCCCUUGAAAUCCCACGCCCCUGCCCGGCCUGCCCGCAGCAGGACCCCAGAUGCCUGGCCAAACUUAGCGCAGUCGGUUAAAGUUAGCGCCGGGGUCUAUGGCAGCAGCUGCGCCAAGGGGCUCAAGCUGUCCGAGGCCCCUCCGCCGUUCGCGCCGCCGCCGGAUGCCGCUUCGCGCUCUCUCUGCUGCCUAAGCGCCAAGCCUUGAGGUGGACGGGCACCUGGAUCCCCGGAGGAAGGAAGGGACUAUGGGCAACGGGAUGUGUUCCCGAAAGCAGAAGCGGAUCCUGCAGUCCCUCUUGCUCCUCACCGUGGUCUUUGGCUUCAUCUAUGGGGCGAUGCUGUACUAUGAGUUGCAGAGCCAGCUGAGGAAGGCUGAAGCUGUGGCCCUCAAGUACCAGCAACACCAGGAGGCCCUUUCUGCACAAUUGCAAGUUGUGUAUGAGCACCGGUCAAGAUUAGAGAAAUCUUUGCAGAAAGAAAGGCUUGAACAUAAGAAAGCAAAAGAAGAUUUUCUUGUUUAUAAAUUAGAAGCACAAGAAACACUAAAUAAAGGAAGGCAAGAUUCCAAUAGCAGAUACAGUGCACUGAACGUGCAACACCAGAUGCUGAAGAGCCAGCAUGAAGAACUGAAGCAGCAGCACUCAGACCUGGAAGAAGAGCACAGGAGACAGGGAGAUGAUUUAAGCAGAGUGGUCAAUGAUCACAAGCAAAGAUAUGUGCAGUUACAGCAAGAGAAAGAGCAGGAGCUCUCCAAGAUAAAGGAAUCCAUGUAUAAUCUGCGAGAAGAGAACAGGCAGCUGAGGAAAGCCCACCAAGAUAUUCAUACUCAGCUUCAAGAUGUGAAGCUGCAGCAUAAGAAUUUAAUCUCUCAACAUGACCAGCUUGUAGUGACACUGGAAGAACACAAGAGUGCGCUAGAAGCUGCGCAGUCCCAGGUGGAGGAAUACAGACAGUUGAAGGACACCCUCAAAAAGAUGCCUAGUUUCCAGAAGCCAGAAAGUUUUGAGCAGCCACAUGUUCUGCCAGUGACGCCAGCACCUUCCCUUCUAAGUGACUCCAAAGCACAUGACAUGGAAGUGGCUGAAGAGCAAAAGGAGUUGCAGAUUAUGCUAAAUGGUGAUCAGCCACUGCAGGGAGAAGAAGCCAACCGAGGAAUCCACUUGGAAGGAAGAGAAGACCCAGUGGAGCCCUUUCAUCGUGGCAGGAAAGUCAUUGAAGGUCAUCUACCACGGGAGUUAAAUAUUCAGCAGAAGCAAGAAGCAGGAGAAGAUGAGGAGCAACAGAUGGAGCAGGUUGCAGAGGAGCAUAAGAAGGAACUGGAAGAGGAAGAAAUGGAGCAAGCCGGGCAGCCUCAACACAUAACAGAGGAUCUGGACCAAGCCCAGGAACAUGAAUGGAAGGAGAAAGAACAUACUGAAGAAGAAGCCAACCCCCUGCGUGAACACCAUCGUUCAGAGGAACCACCGACAGCAAAGACAAUCACACGAUACAAAUCUGCCUACGAAGAACAGCUGGAGCAGCAGCGGCUGGCCGUCCAAAGAGCAGAAGAAGCCAAUCGCCUCAGAGAACAUCAGGAGUCUCUGCAUCAGGGGAGACUACAAGAGCAGUUGCUACGGCAGCAACAACUUCAAGAGCGAGAGCUGACGCUACCCAGACAGGCAGAAGAGCAAUUUAAACACCGCCUAAGCCACCAAUCCCAUUAUGACAACCUAGAUCAGGAUAUUGUGCAAGGAGAAGAACAAGGUGCCCAGGAAGAAGAAGAAAACUACGAUCGACAGAACCGGCAUCCAGGUGAAGCGGAGGAAGAAGUUCACAAUAAUGCACAUGAGCAACGGGAUCGGGAACUGGACCACCGAGUGGAGAGUGAGCAGAAUGAAGAGCAGCAGAAGACAGCCGGGGAUGACGUCAAUCCAGCUGAUGAUCCCAACAAUCAGGGGGAAGAUGAGUUUGAGGAAGCGGAACAAGAGCGAGAAGAAAAUCUCCCUGACAAAAAUAAGCAACUAAAGCCAAACAGCCGGAAAGAAGAGAAUCCUGAAAUGGAAGAACAUUUAGUGAUGGUGGGUAAUCCUGACCAGCAAGAAGACAAUGUGGACGAGCAGUACCAGGAAGAGGGAGAAGAAGAGGCACAGGGAGAUCUGACUGAGGAGAAGAAGAUGGAGCUGGAACACAACGGGGAAGAGCCAUAUGGUGAAAAUGAUGAAAAUGCUGAAGAAAAAAUGAGCGAAGGUGGAGAUCAAGAGCAAGAAAUUCAAGAAGAAAAUAACCAGAAAGAAGGCCACGAGGAAAACUAUGAAGAGGAGGAAGAGGAGGAAGAGGAAGGUGGCGCUGUGGCAGCCAAGGCCCGUAGACGAGGGGAAAUGUAAUUCUGGGUUGAGUUACAAAAUGGCAUCUGCUUGGGGAAAAAAGAAGAAAUUGCGUGGACUCUACAGAAUGUGCCUAUAUAUAUAUAUAAUUUAAUUUUUUCUGUUGGAUGUUUUUGUGCAUUUAUAUGAAUGCAAUAGUUUAGAUUAGUAUUCCUUUUAUACAAGGUUAUAUAUGACACAAACAAAUAGACAAGGUGGUUUCCCCCUAAUUUUUCCUGUUAAUUCUUAUACUGUUUCUUUUCUAAAAGUUUUGGGAUCUCUUUCCACUUAUAUCUAUGUGGCAUUGUCCAAAUAGUGAUCGGCCUUUUUCUUCAGAUGCAUUAUUGGGGGGGAAAAACAGUGCCUGUUUGCUAAAUGUUUGAGAAGAGGCGGGGUGAAGCGUUGCAUCUGUAUCUCAGUAAGAUACUUUGAUAUGCAUUCAGGUCUGCACACUCUAGUGCCUUAACCACUUGUUAACUUUGAUUUGAAUGAAUCUGAUGUACAUCUUGUCUGCAGCGGCAUCUUGAAGAACACUUGGAGGUAGCUAUGUCGAAAGAUAUGUCAAAAAUGAUGUUUCAAGCCCUUUUCAUGUCAUGCUCACACAAAUGGAUUGUGUAUGUCUUUCACACCCAGUUGUUGCUUUCGCUCCCUGGAGAGGUAGUGUUGAUUGGCUUAGCUUGAUCCAAACAUUUGAUAUUACACAUCUAUAUAUAGUACUUUACAUACACACCCACAAAACAAAAUGUGUCACCGCAGUCCAUAGCAGUGGGUGUGUAAACUAGUGUCAGAUUGAAGAGUUUCUUCCUACCACUUCAUAUGUUAUGUGUUUGUAGACUGACUAUUAACCCCUAAAUUGCUGUCACGUGCUGGUGGAGAUAGCCUUAUUUCCUUGUCUUAUACUGCAAUUCCCCACAGUUAUCUGGGAAUAAGCCCCAAUGAAAACAGUCACUUACUUCUGAGUAAACAUAUUUGGGUUUGUGCUGUUAGUGCCCCUCCUUCCAUCCCUCUUACAUUUUGUUUGUUUACCAUAGGCCACACAACUGUUGAAGUCACAAUCCCAGUGUUGUUGUUUUAUUUAGCGUUGCACAACUCUCUUAAAAAGCUGUGUUGGGUUGUUGUUUUUUAGACCAUAUAGUGCCUUGCUUAGGGGAGAGACACGCGUUUCUGCUGGUUCCAGUGCAUCUCCACCUCUCUUUUCUGAAAACGGGGGCACAUGACGCUAGUCAAACUCUGUCCCUUUUUACUGUAAAACCCAGUGGGAUCAGCUCGAAUGCAUUUAAAAAAAUUCCGCUUCAAACAGAUUUUGCAGCUGAUCGGCAUAUCAACCCAUUGCCCAUCCAGGUGUGGCCAAUGGAAACAGUUUGCUGUAGGCGACUUGGGUGCUCACAGCCUUAGUGUUUCAUGUGUAUUAUUUCAGUAAUCCUUACAAUGUUCUUGUAAGGUAGACCAGCAAUAGUGUCCCCAUAUUUUCAAAUGGAGGUAGGCUAAUGCUGAGAGAAGGUAGCUGGCUGAAGGCUAUCUAGGGGAGAUCGUUGAAGCUGUCCCUCUCUUGUGCAUAAAUGUUCCCCUUCCCAGUGCUUCCACUGGUGGCCUGAAUCCUUGUUAGUCAUGAUGUCUGCACUGAUGUUAACUAUGGGUACUUUUAACUAGGGUUUAAAGCCAGCUUCAAACCCUGGUUAGGAAGGUAGGGUGUCAAAUACAUGCUCAAGAAGGGAGGGUGCAGGGAGGCUCGCUUCUGGUUCCUUGAUCAGUGUUAUAGACUGGGUAGUAUUUAAAUAUGCACUGCUUCCCAGUGAAUGCAUGGCUAGGAUAAGAUCUUUCACCAGACCUUUUCCAGCUCAUAGUUCAGUUAACCACUGUGCUACCUCUAAAAACCUGACUCCCACUCCCCUGCAUCCUGAGUUACAAGAUGCACAAGACAACAAGUCUGAGCUGUGUAGCUUCUGAUGCUGGGACACAAGUUGUGCAGGAAAUGGAAACCAGUGGUUGGAGAUUAUGGUCUUCUCUCAAAUAAAAUUUAGUAUUAUGUUUGGCAGAUAAACAAAAUGAAUGUGGGGGGACAUGUUGUUUGAUGGUAUGUGGUCUGUGCAUACUAGGAUCACUAUUUCUGAUGUAUGUGAGACAUUGCUUUUGUGUACAAAAUGUGGCACAAAAACAUUGGAUUAGUACCAGAGCAGUGCUCCCCAUCUCCCUCACUGUGGGCUGCUUUCCAGGCAAGUGGAAUGGCUCUACCUAGCAGGUAUAAAGGAACAUAGAAAGCGGCCUUCUCCUGGAUCAGGCCCACUGGUCCAUCUGGCUCAGUAAUAUCUGCACUGAGUAGCAGCAGCUCUCCAAGGUUUCAGGCAGGGAGUCUCUCCCAGCCCUACCUGGAGACGCUGGGGAUUGAACCUGGGGCCUUCUAUGUGCAAGGCAGGUGAUCUACCAUUAAGCGAUGGCCCUUCCUCAUAUGAAGUGUUUUCCUGGCAUGUUGGAGGAUAUGCACCUUUAGCAAGAGAAGUACUGUCCUACAUAAUUCCAGUGCAGAUUGGGGACCACACUCGGCCCAUAUAUGCUGCACACACCACUGUGUGUAAUAUUCGUAUUGUUUAUAUGAAGAUGAUUUGAUUUUAAAAGGGCUCGGCAUAAAGGCUUUAAGUAUGGGACAAUGGGAAUUGGUAGCUGUGGUAGACUAACCCUGCUGUGCCAGAAUAACCAAGUCUCUUGCCUUUUGUGCUUCUACUAAUGUUAUCAUUUCUCCCAUAAUCUUUAACUGCAUGGGCCAAGGUAAUGGGUGGCCUGAUUCCUUGUGCAUGCCCAUCUGUGAUCUUGUAAGAUAUUACCAGUAGCAGCAGGGGCAUGGGGCAGGUAAUGAUUCCCAGGCAACAGGUCACAAUGGCCUGACCAGAAAUUAGGAUUCCAAUAAUGCUGGUAUAGUGCAUACCUGUGAUAUGUGUGGAUGAAAUAAUGUAUGAUUCUGUUGCAGCGUCUGAGGACAGUCUACAAGUCUGGUGAUCAAGUUCUGGGCUCAUAAGAUUUGCAGCCAGGUUGUGGGGCUUUUGUCCAUGAACAAGCUGUGUCACACGUCCUUCAUGCGCUUCUGUUCCUAAAGAUGUUUGGGAUACAUUGUGUGGAGAUGAUUUUGACCCAGAGAGCUAGCCUACAGUUUGGCCUUGCCAGCACAAAAGAGAACCGCAGAUUCCUCUGCAGUGAUCGGCAUUUGAUGCACAAGGGUUUCUGCAGCAGAUAGGGCCAGUGUCAGAGAGGCUUCUUAUCAGAACAGGAAGGUUGGAUUCUUUUCUUGGCCUCUGUGCAGCCUCACAUUGGGAACUGCACAUGCUCUGGUCAGCCAUAGAACUUCCUAGAACUUCCCUCAGGGGCACAAAGCAGACCUGCUGGCUUCUUUCUGUAGAAUGGGAUAGGGGCACCAACUUGUCCUUCACCUCUGGCAGCAGAAUAUCUUGGCCUGGAACUGACAAAUUGCAUAAGAUCCACAGGUUACUAUUACUUUUUAACUUUUUUACAUGAAUGUAAUAUAAUCAAUUUUUGUACUAACCUAAUAAUAAUUUUACUUUUGUAGAUGUUUUGAACUAUUCUUUAUAUAUAUAUAUAUAUAUAUAUAUUAAAAAGUACCCUACUCUCAACAUUUCAUAGGAGUGUGUGUGUUGGUACAGAUUUGCCACAAAAAGGAUUUAUUGCUUGGGGAGGGGGGGGAAGAGAUACCUGUUUACAUAUAUGACUGUAAAGUGUAUAAUAUGUACAUAAUCUUUGGAAAACAAAUAUUUUGAUAUGUUUGUGUGUCUUUUUAAUGCCACAGGGCAGUAUUUAAUUACUGUGAAGCAAAUUUUGGGGCCAUCAAUAAAAGGUAGAAUCUAA